AUGGGUAUCCCUAUGUGGCGUGAGCCUCCCAAGUCCGAAGCAUUCAAGUCCACAUCAGAAAAGGACACUUCUGCUACUGCACGCUCAUCGAUUCGCCGAGCACCGUCGCGAAACACUAGCUCCCGCGUGCGCCGUGCCGAUAUCCUGGCUUCGUUUCAUUCACAGAUCAUUGAUGAGCUCCGACGCGGCGCCGUGGAACCUAGACGUGUGCCGCGCUUUUCUUUCAUUGCGCCGAACGGGAAUGUCGACAAUGCAGUGGCUGUGGAACCGGCCGAUCGUGUGGCCCUCAGCAGCUGGGCUCGGUCGGAAGCCGCAAGUACAAACCGACAGACAGAUACAACAGUAGCCAAUCAGCUGUUCAGAAAUCAUCGCGAUCAAGCCUUGGCCGAGCUUUUCGGUCGCAUGGACGGUCAGCCCGGUAACACCAAUGCCGGUCCUUCAUUGACUCCCAACUUCGCUCCCGCUAUCGCAUACCACACCAGCGCUUCGUCGACUCCUUCGGACAGCGGCCUUCGUCUCCCCCCUAUGCGUGAGAGAUACAACAGUGAUCGCACCUCUAAUACCUCAUUCCCACCCGAGAUCCCUGAAUACCGGUCUAACAAUACACAAACCCGGCCAAACCGAGACCCCGUCGUAGACGGGCUUGGGGAUCGCCAACGCAGUCCCAGUCCAGACGAAGAGCGGGAAAGCGUUGUGUGGGAGACUUUACUCUCAACCAUUGCACCCGAUGAGACUCUUCCAUCAACUAAUACUUCUUUCACUUCAACUUCUGCUGCCGUUCCAGAUAUUUCGCGCAACCCUCGUCCUCGCAGCUCUGUCAACUUGACGCAGCCGAUGACCGCGGAAGCUGCUCGUACUCACUUCGGACUUGACCCUUAUCCUGACCAACUCAAUCCUUGCGACUUCUCUUCCGAUGAUGAGGAACCUCCCUCUACUCUCCAGGAAUUCAUUGGACGACGACGGGCAGGCCGUUAUCCUGAUCAGCAUUCGACUAUGAGCAACCAUCCUCCUGUUCCUAUCCCUACAAUCAUCCCUGCAAGCGUUCUUGCUCUCUCUGACGCGCGCCGCCAAAAUUCCUCUCUCUCCGAUCGUCACCAGAACGAUGACCUCCACCACAUGCAGGUCAUCCUGGACCGACUUGCUCGUCGUGAGGAUAUUCCCGACGACUGGUGGGCUGCGGCUGGCCUCGCACGCACUCUCGACCGUGGUUCCAGUGCGAGCAUGGACUCCACUGACACCGAGGGCGCAUCCCGAACCAACCGCGACAAUUGA